UGAGUACUGUUUAUAGUCCACUGCGGUCAAUGGAUUGGGAAAGGUAUAAGAAUUACUGCAAUAUAAUGGAUACAAGUGGACCUUGUUUUGAGAAUCUAUUUUGUGUAAACAAAAGAUGUAAACAACUGUACUCCACCCUACUCUUUAUAUUUUCAAAUUCUUAGUGUCAAUGCAUUCAAUGAAAUUGGUCAGACAGGUUAGUCAACUCGCCUACAUCAUAGAGUGUAACUGUCUUCGAUCUGUCAUGCAUAUCCUCUAUCACUCCUCUUGACUAUCUACUUUUCUUUCACUCAAACGUGGUGCACUUUUGGUGGUGAACGGAUUUUUAACGGGAUAUCACUGAGGAUUAUAACACACUUUUGACACAUCAUCGAUCAAUCCCAAAAUGUUCUGCCGUACACACAGACAAGUUGCUUCAUUAGGCCUCAUAUUAUGCAUGCUUCCCUUCUGCAUUCUUCUCUACUGGCAAAACAACAACAUGUACCUCAAGAACUCAUCCUGCGCUUGCCGCAGUUGCCCAAAGGACAACGAGGAUGAUGGCUCCUGGUUCUCAGAACGCUUCCAUGCCACAUUUCACCCGUUCAUGUCAAGCAACAGCAGUGUCCUCAGUGAAAAGGCAUCCAAUUGGUGGAAGAGAUUACAGCCUUCUUAUGGACAACCCAGCUAUGGCGAGGUUGUGAAAAGGUUGUUCCAACUGAUUCCUGACCGGGAGUACUACAGGGAUAAAGGCCCGGAGCGCUGUAGGGUGUGUUCUGUGGUGGGCAACUCUGGGAACCUGAGGAACUCCCACUAUGGACCGCUGAUCGAUGCCAGCGAUUUUGUAAUCAGGACAAACAAAGGUCCUACCAAAAACUUCGAGCAGGAUGUGGGAUCAAGAACUACUCAUCGCAUCAUUUAUCCUGAAAGUGCUGUUGAUGUCGAGAACUCUACUCACCUGGUGCUGGUUGCUUUCAAGCCCCUGGAUUUGGAAUGGCUGAUCAAUGUCUUCACCACCCACCGUGUCAGACAUACAUACGUACGUGUGAAAUCAACAAUAACAGCAAAUACAAGCUUGGUGAUGGUUGUUAACCCCAGUUUCAUGCAGUAUGUCCAUGAGGCCUGGCUAAAAGGAAAUGGCCACCAGCCAUCCACUGGCUUCUUGGCAGUGGUUCUCGCUCUCCACAUCUGUGACCAGGUCAGAGUGUUUGGGUUCGGAGCAAACAAGGAUGGAACUUGGGAUCACUACUUCGAGAAUAUACCAGCGUCCUUUAAAACUGGUGGACAUAAAGGCAGUUUUGAGUAUGACAUGAUCAGGGAGCUUGACAAAAGACACCAAAUUGAAUUGUUUCGAGGAUGGUGAGAGCCCUACAGUAGUUGUUUUAUGUUUCAGCUAUACCACACCCAUAACUCAAGACUGUUAGAUGUCUUGAUUCUACUGUAACUGCAACUUUACACUUUACACUGAUGCGGGUUAUACGGUUAUGUCCUAUUUUAGUUGUAUUUAGUUGAUUAUAAAUUGUUCAAAUGGCAAAUGAAGAGAAGUGUUUGUAGCGAAGGGAGAGAGCAGUGUCCACUCCCCGCCCAGUCUUGAACCCUGCAGCUUGACCACCAUAGAGCCAGCCCAGCCCCAUUAGCAUGAUAUUCAAAGAGCACAUACUCAACUGUAGGGCAUCACAGUGAAGGGCAGCGGUUCCCAAACUUUUACCCACACAUAAGCUACCACCACCUACAUUCUGCCUCGGCUCGUGUACCCCCACCAUUAAAACCUUAAUGGCUUAUUAAAAUGUUUAAUAAGCCGCCCUUUUUUUUUGAUAGGCUACACAUACAGCCUACUAGAGUUUAUAAAUUAUAUUUUUAUUAAUUUAUGAUGACAUAAUUUAUUAUGACCUGAUUCGAAAUUGUGUAUUUAUUUAUUCAUGAAUUAAUUACAAAAUAUUUCAAAAGUUCGUUUUAACACCUGUCCACCACAGCCCUUUUCAUCUCGCGUACCCCCUAGGCAGCUUGCGUAGCGCCAAGGGUACGCGUACCACAGUUUGGGAAUCCCUGGUGUAUGGAAUGAUGCCCUCCCCUUCAGGAAACUUGCCCAUGCACUGCACACACACACACUGGCACCGCUCACGCAACAACCAGCCGCACUACUUGACUGCAAUGCCAAAGAGCCAGGCCCGUUGGUACACUGUACAUUUGGAUAAGUUGACUUUCCUGAUAUACAGACUGAUUCUGAUCCUCUUCAUCCUUAAAGGGAUAUUCCGCCAAUUUUGGAAAUGAGCUCAUUUUCCACCUCCCCUCAAGCAAAACAAUUGAUAUUUGCCUUUUUUUCCCGUUCAUCCAGCCAUUCUGUGAGUCUGGCGAUGCAACUUUUAGCUUUAGCCUAGCAUAGAUCAUUGAAUCGGGUUAGACCAUUAGCAUCUCACCUGCUAGCAUUAUGCUUAAAAGUGACUAAGAUUUCUGGUCAUUUUCCCAUCUAAAACGUGUCUCCUCUUAAGUUAGAAAGUGCAAAAUGACCAACUGAAAAUGAAACCUGGCGUUUUUUCUUGACUGAUUUGACAUGGAACUACACUCUCAUCUGGCGUAAUGAUCAAAGAAAGUUGCAAACGUACCAUGGGCGCAGUGAUAUCACACACUACUACUGCUUGUUGCCUAUGGGGACUAUUUUUAAAUGCUGCGUGAUAUCACUGUUUUGUACAAAUUGUAUUGUUUGUAUUUGUAUUGUUCUUAAACAUUUAAUUUUUGCUUUGUUUUGGUUCUGUUUAUUCUUUUAUGUAAAGCAUUACGUAACUAUGUUUAGAAGAGCGCUCUAUAGAUAAAGCUUAUUAUUAUAGUGCAUGAAAAUGCACUAUACUGUUAUUCCAAGUCUUCUUAUUACAGUGCAUGAAAAUGCACUGUACUGUUAUCCCUAGGCUUCUUCUUCUUCUUCUUCUACUACUUCUUAUUAUUCUUCUUCUAACGCACGCAAUUCAGCUUGAACCGUUUAACUUAGAAACUUCAUUCAAACUGUGUUACGAAGGUCUUGCUUAGGACAUCAGCGCAAUGUAUUUUUUAACUUU